AUGUUCCUGUUUACCUUAGCGGAAGAAGCCGAAGAAUGGUUUUAUUCUCUACCUGUCGGUAGCAUCACAUCUUGGGAAGAAAUGGAAAAAGCCUUUCUGAAUGAGUAUUUUCCAGCGUCGGUAUUUCUGCGAAAGAGGUAUGAAAUUCUGAAUUUUAAGCAGAAAGACGGGGAAACUUUGGGAGACAAUUACAAGAGAUUGAAGAUAGUCCUGGUUGCCUGCCCAACUCAUAAUAUGGAUCCAACUGAACAGAUGCACAUGUUUGUGAAUGGUCUCAAAAUAAAGACCAAACAGCUGAUUGAUACCACAGCCGAUGCUUCCAUAAAUUUUUCAACAGCCACCGGUAUCAAGAAGAUCAUUGAAGUUAUUGCUGCUAAUGAGCAUUUGGAGUUGUACAAUAGAUGUCAAAGCAAACCAGAAGGGGUUAUAGAUUUAAAGUUGGAAACUAAUAAAAUCCGUAUUGAAGAUAUUAUAGAUGUUGAAGUUGAUAAGAAGCUGAAGGCGAUGAAUAUAGGUACCCAACAGGUGGCGCAGGUCCAACUGGCUCCUACUGUCUAUUGUGAAAUUUGUAAUGGUACGCACCAAACUGUUUACUGUUUUGAAACUCCUCAAAAAGUGGAGGAAAUCAAAUUUUUGAAGCAGAAUAAUCCUUGUUCCAACACAUAUAAUCCAGCUCAUAAUGUUCAAUUUCAAGAAGAAACCCGGAAUAAUAAAAAAAACACCAUAGCAUCCAUAAAGAAUCUUGAAGUCCAAAUGGGUCAAAUCGUUCAGCAAUUAACUUCAAGUUCCCAAGCACAAGGUGCUCUACCGAGUGCAACCGUGACAUAUCCUAGAGAGCAUAAUAAUGUGAGCACUGUGACAACAAGAAAUGGUAAAUCUGAUGAAGUAGUCGAGGAGGUGGAUGAAGAGGAAGGCUAA